CACACACACACACACACACACACGCACGUAUAAAGUGCCCUGAGUUUUAAUGGUUCACUUUCAGUUUAAAAGGAAAGCAAUGAUGAAGAGCACAUAAGCAGCUGCAGACUACCUGCAAACCACUGCGAUGCACAACGAUAUAAUCUGCACUGUUUUUGCACUUAAAAAUAAUCGAGUUCGAUAUCUUAAAACACACACACACACCAAUGACCCUAAAGGGAUUUUUCUUAAUGGGAAUCGGACUUCCCAGUUAUUUAUCUAGUUUGAUGCCACCAGACUUCCACUGAGGAACCGACACUCACCUGCGAGCUUUGACCGGAGACAGCACGCCUCAACCCCGGGUUGAUGCCGAGGGUCAUGACCAUGAACGGUAACCGGGGCUCGGUUGCCGCUACGCCGCUGGAUCUGAGCACCAGUCAGCGGGGGGAUAAUGGUGUCUUUACAGCUGUCGAUACGGCGCGGGAUUGCGGUAGAGUAUCCCGGAUAGAGCCGGCGGUUGCAGCCUCCCAUGCGUCCCCAUCGCGCUCCAGAGCGGAUACUUCACGGACACUCGUCCCGGCUGCUUCGAAUCGCAAACCUCCGGCGGAUGAAGCCGCUCAUAGGCUUCCUUUUCGGAAACGACCCAUCGCUGUGGAUCUGGAGGAGCGGACAGAAGCGUUGGAAGUUGCCGGGCGGUUGGACCGACACUCCCCGGCGAGAGGCACUGAUGAGCCGGACCGGGACAGUGAUCCUGGCGGGCUGGAGAACACCACCCAGGGGAGAUUGGGCGGUGCUCUGGUAACCCCAUUGCAAGCUGAGGAGGCUGCAAGAAGUAAUCUUCCUUGUCCCAGCCAUGUUUUUCCCUCUUUGGUUUAUAGUCAUUACCCCGCUUACUGUCUGAACUCUGAGGUCGACCACCCUGGGCUCCACCCCUCCCAUAAUCUACUGGCGCUAGCUACACGGCAAGAUGAGGAUGGAGACACAGCUCUCCACAUAGCAGUGGUGCAAGGAGAGCUGGCUCUUGUCAGCCAACUGAUCCAUCUUCUACUCUGGGCGGGAAGAACCCUUGACAUCUACAACAACCUCCGUCAGACCCCUCUUCACCUGGCUUUGAUAACCCAGCAAGUGGUUAUGGUGGAUGCUCUGUUGAGGGCCGGGGCAGAUCCUUCCGCUCUGGACCGAAACGGUCAAACAGCGCUGCACCUUUGCUGCGAGUACAACCACCGAGAUUGCCUGUCUCUUGUGCUCUCACUGCCCUCAUCAUCCACAUGCCUGGAGAUGAAGAACUACGCGGGUCUGAGCCCCCUCCAUCUGGCUGUGAUACGGAACCACACUGAUUUGUCCACAAUGUUGCUAGGAGCAGGCGCUGACAUCAACACAAUGGACAUCAAAAGCGGGCAGAGUCCACUCAUGCUAGCGGUGGAAAGCAACAAUGCAGAGAUGGUCCACUUCCUCAUUGAGAGUGGCUGCGAUGUCAACAGGCCGUCAUACAGCGGCAACACAGCCCUGCACAGUGCCUGCGGUCGGGGCCAAGCGGACAUGGUGCGUCUGCUGCUGAAGAAUGGAGCCGACAGCGGCGUCAAGAACUACCACAACGACACGCCGUUGAUGGUGGCCAAGAACAAGAAGAUAGCAGAUAUUCUACGAGGAAGGGGAUCAAGGCCUGUAAGACAAGAGCAGAACAUCAGCAGGUCGCCACAUCGAAGCAACUUCCCCCAAAAUGUGUCCUCCCCAUCACGAAGCCGAGGUUGUUCACCAUCGACGAUACAACAUGUCGGCUCACACUCCCCAAAUACUCUAUCCACGGUGGCAUUUUCAUUUUACUAGCAGUAGUCAUGCUGUGCAAGAGUCAAUCACUCCACAUGCCAAACCUGCAACCAAAAAAAUCCUUACUGUCUUUUUGGGAUGUUAAAACAGCAACUGCUGCUGUUUCAAAGUGGAUGUAGUAGCCCUAUGACAAGUGGACAAAGUAUGGAUUUGGAUCUACAGUCAUUCCAGUGAAAGUUGAUGGACCACUCGUCUGAUGAUUAAUGAUGAGACUAAG